GGGUUAGGCCGACUUCCGGGUGUGAAUCCGCCCCUGAAGAUCCUAGAUUCCAGCAGCGGCUGGAAGGUGUUGCUGCAGAGCAGAGAUGUUCCGGAUCGAGGGCCUCGCACCGAAGCUGGACCCUGAGGAGAUGAAACGGAAGAUGCGCGAGGAUGUGAUUUCCUCCGUACGGAACUUCCUCAUCUACGUAGCCCUGCUGCGAGUCACUCCAUUUAUCUUGAAGAAAUUGGACAGUAUAUGAAGAUUGGGCAUCAUAUGUGAGCAUAUGAUAGAAGAACCUGGCUACAGUAUCUCCUGCCUACCUGCAAAUGAAUAGGCCCAGAAAGGUGUAAGAGACUCUUUGAUUGAAUGGACAUAAAAAUUCUACUUGUUAAGAGCAAGUUGGGCUCCGGUAACUGAUACUUAUAGCUAAAAUAUAAAACUAUUGGGAAGUAUGAAAAGAUGUCUUGUGGUCAUAGUGUGCCCUUAUGCCGGUAAUAUUCAGCCUCUGCAAACGUUGGUAUAAUUGUAAAUAAUGUUAAACUCCAUUUUCUAGCAAGUAUUAUAAGGUGAUUAUGUCUGAAAUGUCACUCUCUUGUCAUUUCUAUUUACAUUUUUACUUCUGUCCAGAGUAUAUUUGUGAUGAGUCCCUUACAAAUAACUAUGUCUAAUGGGAGUCACCACACAACCAGAAUGACAUUUAAGUGCAAGACCAUUAGUCUAUAUUUUUAAUAAAAUACCAGAAAAUUUGA